ACAUGGCGGACAGCCACUAGCUCAAUCCACAUAAAAUAAUACACAAACAUUUCAAAGCAAGGUAAACACACUAAUAUAUUGUUUACACGCUAUACUCUUUUUAACAAACACAUUUUUUAGCUGGUAAUUUAGCUAGCAUUUAUUGAUGAUGAUGUAUAUAUAAUCAGGCCAACGAUAGAUGGCGAACAUUAAGUCUUCCCGUUAGCGUGCUGUGUUGACGGAGCUAGCUAUCUGUUGUUCGAGCAUGCCCAUGUUAUUAGCUUGGAGGAAAAAGGAGGGAGCUGGUCGACUUCCCCUUGACGCAAUGAAAAAGGCGCACUUCUAUUGAGAGAACCAACUGAAUACACUUUUGAAGACUGUUAUGAUCUUUUAAGUCUGGGUCCUCUUGUUUUGUCAAUACCCCAACGGGUGAGUUUUCUGAUUCUCCCAGAGCUGCUGUGUCAACAGUGAGCCCUGAGUGUGUUUGGGUGGGUGACCGAGGUCUGCUGACAGCUGGGGCCACCUCUUUGUUGUACCCUGUCGUCUGCCUCCAACGCCAACACCCUGCCUGGCCGACAGAAGUGGAGAGCGUUAAGUGCAAUCCGUGGGGAAGUCAACCUGAGCAUCCACAAAUGAAAGAGUGGACUAUUGUGUCUUGAACUUAGUAUUACUGGAGCAUGAAGAAACCAGUGCCACAAAAAGCUAUUGAGUGGAGAGAUGGCAGGCGGAUCAAGCAUGCCCGAAGUGGCCGUCCCUCCCGGGUCCCAUCGCAGUACCAAGGAGGGCACUUCAGUUGGGACAAAUACCUAAAGGAAACAGGUGCUAGUGCUGCACCUGCCCACUGCUUCAGACAGGGUGCAACACCUCCAGUGAAUGAGUUCAAGGCGGGCAUGAAGCUGGAGGCGCAGGACCCUCGGAAUACAACUUCAACCUGCAUUGCAACAGUGGUGGGCCUGACGGGAUCGCGGCUGCGUCUGCGCCUUGACGGCUCCGACAACAAGAACGACUUCUGGCGCCUGGUGGACUCGUCUGAAAUCCAGCCUAUCGGCAACUGCGAGAAGAGAACGGGCAUGCUGCAGCCGCCAUUGGGCUUCCGUCUGAAUGCAUCCUCCUGGCCUAUGUUCCUUCUAAAAACACUCAACGGAGCCGAAAUGGCCCCAGCACGCAUCUUUCACAAGCAGGAGCCCCCGGUCCCAGAGCAGAACUCCUUCCAGGUGGGCAUGAAGCUGGAGGCAGUGGACCGCAAGAACCCCCACUUCAUCUGCCCAGCCACGGUGGGGGCGCUGCGUGGCGUGGAGGUGCUCGUCACCUUCGACGGCUGGCGGGGUGCUUUCGACUACUAUUGCCGCUACGACUCCCGGGACAUCUUCCCCGUGGGCUGGUGCUCUCUCACCGGGGACAACCUGCAGCCGCCUGGCACCAAAGCAGUGCUACCCAAGACCCUCGGUUGCCUUUCAGACGGUAGCGAGGGAACAGCCAUGCACCCCAUGCCAGGACAGCCGCCUGGCCAACGGGGACGCAAGCCAGGCUGCAGGAAAGCCAAGCUGACAGGGCCCUGGGGGCAGAAGGGGGCCGGAGUAGGACCACAGGCCCCCCCGUCCGGAAAGGGACUGGAGCCUAUCAAGGUCCCCAAGAAGAGAGGCCCCAAACCGGGGAGUAAGUUGGGCUGGGCGAAGAGAGAAGGCUGGCUGGAGGGUGCCAUGGCAGGCCCAGGGCGACCCGUGUCCCGGCCCAGAGGGAGGCUGCCAGCCAACUGGACCCAGAGGAUGGCACUGCAGGAGGGACAAGUGGAGUCUAUCAAGAUCCCCAAAAAGAGAGGGCCCAAGCCCGGCAGCAAGAGAAAACAGCGGGUGGUGCCCAACCCCGUGCCCGUUUCCCCCAACAGUAGUAUGCCAGAGCCAGAUACCAGCACGGUGCCUCUGGACAACGCCACCAUCCCCAGCGCCGCCUUGCAUGCUGCCACAGUGUGUGUCUACCUGAACAAGUAUGGGAAGGUGGGGCCCCACUUGGACGGGCGGCGGGUGCAGCAGCUGCCCGACCACGUUGGUCCAGGCCGGGCUUCCUCGGUGCUACAGCAGUGUGUCCAGGCCUGUGUGGACUGUGCCCACAACCAGAGCUCUGUCUUCUCCUGCCUCAAGCCAGGCCAUGGAGGAGAGGUCAUAUCAGCCCACUUCGGCCACCAGCACCAUACCCUCACCCUGCCCACGGUCAACAGCGUCACGCACGUCCUGCACUUCCUGGAGAAACUCUGUCACAACCUCUACUGUGACCCUCUGUUUGGGAGCCAGCCCAUCCCUAGAGGGGGCCUGCAUUACGACAGCCAUGCCAACCCAGAAAGCAGAAGUUUUAGGGAGGGCCUCACGACGGGUCCAGGAAGAGGCUCCAAGCGGUUCCUUCAAGAAUCCUACUACAGCCCCCUCCCCCACAAGCUGGCCAAAAACCUCUGCCUCUCCUCGGAAGGUGAGCCUUUCCUCAUGGAGAAUGGUGUAGGGGGGUCGGAGCACUUAAAGAAGAGCCCCCUGUCCCCGGGCUCGACAGGGCAGCCUCUGAGCCUGCGGUUCCCCACCAAGUUGCUACAUCUCAACUCUUCAGGCUCUGAGCGUUUCAGAGAGUGCCCCCGGCCCAGUGGCCAGGACCCCAACCUGUGGACGGUAGAGGACGUCAUGCAGUUCAUCAGAGACAUAGACCCUCUACUGGCCCCCCACGCAGAUCUCUUCAGAAAACACGAGAUUGAUGGCAAAGCCCUCCUGUUACUACGCAGCGACAUGAUGAUGAAAUACAUGGGCUUGAAGCUUGGGCCUGCCCUCAAACUCACAUUCCACAUCGACAGGUUCAAACAUGGACGCCCUUAUUGAGCUCAUCAGCGUCCCCCCACCCCGCAACCCUGCUACUUCUACUCCCCCUCCCCCCUCCCCUCUACAGGAUAUAAUGCACUGCAUAUUACUGGACUGACCUAGGCUACGAUACUUAGUGUCAUAUAUCCCCCUCCCUUUCCCUGCCGCAUCUAAGAAGCCCUGUGGCGAACUUCUCUUAUUUAGAUUUUAUUUCUGUUGUGUGGCACAAUCCAGCCCUACGGCAGCAUGGGAUAUUGGACAUGCAGACUGACUGACUCGCCCACAUAUCCUCCUCAUCCAUCAUGUUACUCGCCUGUUUUUCUAUUCCAUAUUCUCUUACAACAACCGCUACCAAUGAUGCCCUCCCUGUGUGUAGCCAUUUUUUACUGUAAUGGCCAUUUUAGGCCAGAGUUUUUAUUAUAUUGUUUCUUUUUGUUUGAUCAAGUACAUUUCUUUUUUGUACCCUCCCUGAAAACAAGGACUUGCAUUAAGCCAUUUUCACCGUUUUGUAUUAAAUAUGUAUACUGAACAAAAAUAUAAAUGCAACAUGUAAAGGUUUGGUCCCAUGUUUCAUGGGCUGAAAUAAAAGAUCCCAGAAAUGUUCCAUACGCACAAAAGCUUAUUUCUCUCAAAUCCUUUUUAGUGAGCAUUUUUAAUUUGCCAAGAUAAUCCAUCCAGGUGUAGCAUAUAAAGAAGCUGAUUAAACAGCAUGAUCAUUACACAGAUGCACCUUGUGCUAGGGACAGUAUAAAAGGCCACUCUAAAAUGCACUGUUUUGCCACAGAUGUCUCGUUUUGAGGGAGCGUUCGAUUGGCAUGCUGACUUGCAGGAAUGUCCACCUAUAGCUGUUGCCAGAUAAUUUAAUGUUCAUUUCUCUACCAUACGUCGCCUCCAACGUAAUUUUUGAGAAUUUGUCAGUACGUCCGACUGGCCACACAACCGCAGACCACGUGUAACCAAGCCAGCCCAGGAGCUCCACAUCUGACUUCUUCACCUGUGGGAUCGUCUGAGACCAGCCACCCGGACAGCUGAUGAAACUGUGGGUUUACACAACUGAAGAAUUUCUGCACAAUCUGUCAGAAACCGUCUCAGGGUAGCGCAUCUUUGUGCUCAUCGUUCUCACCAGUGUCUUCACCUGACAGCGGUUAUGCACCGUAUCCGACUUUUAUCGUGACGAAAUCCUGAGGCCCAUUGUCAUGCCAUUCAUCCGCCGCCAUUACCUAAUGUUUCAGCAUGAUAAUGCACGGCCCCAUGUCGCAAAGAUCUGUACAGAGUUCCUGGAGAUGAAAAUGUCCCAGUUCUUCCAUGGUCUGCAUACUCACCAGACAUGUCACCCAUUGAGCAUGUUUGGGAUGCUCUGGAUUGACGUUUACAACACAGUGUUCCAGUUCCCACCAAUAUCCAGCAACUUCGCACAGCCAUUGAAGAGUGGGACAACAUUCCACAGACCAUAAUCAACAGCUUGAUCAACUCUGUGAAGGAGAUGUCUCGCGCUGCAUGAGGCAAAUGGUGGUCACACCAAAUACUGACUGGUUUUCUGAUCCACGUCCCUACCUUCUUUUAAAGCUAUCUGUAUUGCCAGUCAUGUGUAAUCCAUAGAUUAGGGCCUUUCUUUAUAUGAACUGUAACUUAGUAAAAUCUUUGAAAUUGUUGUGUUUAUAUUUUUGUUCAGUGUCAUUAAUUCCAGAAAAAAAACACUAUGUUUCUCCCAGCUGUUUGGGAGUUGUUUGGGGGCAUGGUUUUCAAACAGUAUGACACACUACAUUAUCAAAACACAUUAUACUGUGCUGAAGAAAUACUGACAUGAUAAACUUGCAUUUAUCUUGUUAUGGAUGUUUACAAUGACUCGUUAUUUGUACUUUUUACAUUUUUAUACUAUAUUGUUAGAGUUCAUACAUUGAGAACUUUAUCAUACGCAUUAAUGUUCAAUAAAUAUAUAAUAAAUGUU